AAGUGUCGGGGCCGAGGCCGGCGCUGAGGAGGGCGCUGAAGAUGGCAGGCAGCUCCCCUUCAUGGACUGGCAGUGCUUACCUGUUCCUUCAGUCCACCUGCAAGACCAUCGCGCUGCCGUCCCUCUACGAGAGCUCCCAGAAGAAGCCUUGUGUGUUCAAGGCCCUGAAGCUGGCAUUAGCAGACUCCACUGGCAGCGUGAAUGGCGUGGACAUGCUCAAGGUGCACUGCAGCCACCCCCACCUGAUCGUGCAGCUGCGGUUCUGCAGGCAGGAGAACUGCCGCCGCUUCCUGCGCAGCUACCGCGAAGGAGCGCUCCAGAAAUCCCUCCAGAGCCACCUCCAGCUCUCCUUGGCCACAACCACGGUGCCUCUGGAAGUGGAGCUGAAGGCUGGCAGUGAGCACCUUGACAAGAUGCUGAAGGAUGAGGAUCGCUGCCUGGAGUGCAUCUACAGAGAAAAGCCUGACCGCCUGCCAGACGAGGAGAUCACAGAGCUGGAGGAAUGCCUCAAGAGCCUGAUGCUUCACCAGAGCACCAACAACAAUGUGGCUGCAAAAGACUGCACAUCUCUGAAGUCCCCAUCUCAGCCUCAUCCCCCUCAAGGCAGCUCCCUUCCCCCACAGCUCACCUUCAUCUUUCAGGGACAAAAGUUUGACAACAGAACAAUCACACCAGAUGACCACCAGAAGUUUGCCAAGUCCGUGUCCAAGAAGUGGAAGCAGGUGGGUCGCUCCCUGCAGAGCUCCUGCCGCGCCCUGCGCGACCCUGCCAUCGACACCGUGGCGCUGGAGUACGAGCGCGAGGGACUCUAUGAACAGGCCUACCAGAUGCUGCUCAGGUUCAUCCAGUGCGAGGGCAAGAGGGCCACCAUAGCCCGGCUGGUCACAGCCCUGGAGGAGAACGGUCUUGUCAGCCUGGCUGAGGAGCUCCUGGGCCUCCAUUCCAGCGAGGAGUGCUCCUAGAGCCCAGGGACAGUGCCAUUGCUAAGGGCUUCCCUGCUUUAGCUACUGUAGGAAACUGCUGCCAGUGUCUGGGAAUGUAAAGUCCUGAAUAUCACCACAGGUUUCCAUCGAGGUGGAAAUGCUCAGGGGAGAGGUUCUGUGUUUGCAGAAGCCAGCAUGGACCUCUGAUUUGCCUUAUUUCAUUGUGUUUUCAGAAAUAUAGCACUACCUUCCUGUGAAUGGUGAGAGGCUUUCACCCUGACUACCUUCAGGACUGUGACAGGGAAGCAGCCAGACAGAGAGCCCUAGGGGAGAAUUAGGGAGAGGAGAAAAGCAAGCAAGGCUUCUCACAGAAUUUCUCUGGGAAGCAGAAAAUGCCACUGCUUCUCAGGCUGUGUCCAGGGCCAUCAUCUGGAGAGCUGCAAUAUAUUUUUACAUUGAAAACAUUUUUGCCCUCAGCCAUGAUAUCAAGUAAAGAAAAAGGAGAAAGUAAGGAAAUAUCAAUUUUACGUUAUUUUCCUUCUUUGUUUGAAGAACAAAGAACAUUCAUGGCCAGAGUAUCUGUUCUGCCCUGCUCUGUUACAGCUCCCUCCCACCUCUCACCACCUGAAGGCUUUCCUUCUACCUGGGACAGCCACAGUCUUUCACAGGGCAAAAGAUUGCUGCUGUACAACAAAUGGCAGACGCUGAACAAACAACAUGGACAAACUCAAAUUCAGACAAUGAUUGUCAAUAUUUUCUCAUCUGUGGCAGACAGUAAUACUGUUGAUUGGCUCUUGCCUGCCAGCCUGAGGGAGCCUGCAGCUGUGGAAAGCCAAACACAGUGCUGGAAGGAAAAGAGUCUCCUCAUCAGCAAGGUGCCUGUGGAGCCUGGUUUGGAGCUGCUCCCUCAGGGCAUUGCAGCAUCAAAUGCCAUCCUCUGACCACAGAGCUGAGCCAUCAGCACACCCAGCUGGCUGCUCUCACCUCCUGGCCACCCUCAGCCUGCUGGGCCCCUGGAGGGAACAGCUCACCCUGCUGUGUCCCACAGGUGGCAGGAGCUACAGAGAGCCUUUCCCUGGCACUGCUGUCACUGUGUGACAAUCCAACACCAGCUGCCACCGUGCCUGGAUUCACCUGCACUGAUUUUUAGGGUAAAAAUGGUUUAAGAGACAAAUCUCCCAAACCCCAGGGCUGACUUCUGCUUUCAGUUCCUGUGGGAGAAGCUGAGUGUCUCCUGGUAUGUCAACACAGCAGCUGCACUUCUGCUGUGACAAAGCACAGAGCAGUGAGUGUCUGGCAUGACAUGGCUCCUGUGAAGCACAAAGGCAGCUCAGUUACCUUUGCCAUAUUCCCAGUGCUUUCCUGAUAGGUUUUUACUGAUACUAUUCCAUUAAUUCUAUCCUUUCUUUCCCUUCCCAUCUGUGGCA